CGUUGUGGUUGUGCGCCAUAUUGGCAAUUUCCUCCAUCUCACCAAGCCAGAGCAUGUAUGCAUCAAGCCGGUUGUUGAGAACAAUAUAAACAUUUUACAGCGAACCCAAAAUACAACAACAUGGAGGCAGUCAAAGCAUUCAACGACGAGCUCUACUCUCUGAAUGAGUACAAGCCUCCGAUCUCCAAGGCCAAGAUGACCAAUAUUACCAAGUCUGCAAUAAAAGCUAUAAAAUACUACAAACAUGUUGUCCAGAGCGUGGAGAAGUUUGUUCAGAAAUGCAAGCCAGAGUACAAGGUCCCAGGCCUGUACGUCAUGGACUCCAUCGUGCGGCAGUCACGACACCAGUUUGGCCAGGACAAGGAUGUGUUCGCCCCGCGCUUCAGCAAAAACAUCAUCGGAACCUUCCAGCACCUCUACCGCUGCCCCUCAGAUGAAAAGAGUAAGAUUGUCAGAGUCCUCAACCUGUGGCAGAAGAACGCCGUCUUCAAGAGUGACAUCAUCCAGCCGCUGCUGGACAUGGCUGCAGGACUACCCCCUCCCAGUGUCACCCCUGUCAUGACCAGCAGGGAUGCUCCGGUCAACAACGCUACGCCUGGUACCCCAGUGACCCCGGCCACUCCAGCCAACAUCGUGUCCAGUCUGCCUGACUGGGCGUCUCAGUUUUCCAACACAGACACUGUAGCUGCUGUGGCCCAGAUCCUGCAGAGUCCACAGGGACAACAGCUCCAGCAGCUGGUGCAGAGUCUGCAGAUGCAGCAGCAGAAGCCCCAGCCGUCUCUGCUGCAGGCGCUGGAUGCAGGCCUGGUGGUCCAGCUGCAGGCCCUGACGGCCCAGCUCACUGCUGCCGCCUCAGCCAACCCCAUGCACCUCAACCCCCUGGACCAGAGGGUUUCCUCCUUCAACAAGGUGAGGAAUCAAGGCCACAGAAAUGGAGUGGAAAAAAUGUUGGGUCAUUUUGACUUUGGGAAUGAUUCAGAACGCUCUGAAGAAUCCAAAAAGGACUCGCAAUCAUCCCAGAUGCCCAUGGUGUCUGACUCCAUCUUCCACCAGCUGGCAGAGCAGCUGCAGCAGCAGAACCUAGAGCAGUUACAGAAGCAGCUCAUGGAGCACCAGCAGCACCAGCAGAAGGAUGGAAUCUUUGGGUCUGAGAACACACCCCAGCAGAGCAGCAGCCAAUCACAGCACCCGGAGCCAGACAACAAGAUUGAUGACUCCAUUGAAAACCAGCAGCAGGACAUGGACAUGGACCUGGAUGACGGGCCAGAGAUGGACGAAGAGAUCUUCGAGCCAGAGGACAAGAAGUCCAAGACGAUUGACAUACAGUCAAGAACACGGUCCAGGUCACGAUCGAGAUCUCCCAGGAAGAGACGGUCCAGAUCACGGUCAGGCUCUCGGAAACGGAAACAUCGCAAGCGAUCGCGGUCACGCUCCAGAGAACGGAAGAGGAAGUUGUCGCGGUCCUACUCCAGCGAGAGACAUGCCCGCGAGCUAGAGAAAGAGCGUCAGAAGAAAGGACUGCCUCCAAUCCGAUCCAAGUUUCUCAGUGUGUGCAGCACCACUCUGUGGGUGGGACAGGUAGACAAGAAGGCCACUCCGCAGGACCUCACCAAUCUGUUUGAAGAGUUUGGUCAGAUUGAGUCUAUCAAUAUGAUCCCUCCCCGUGGCUGUGCCUACAUCUGUAUGGUCCACAGACAGGAUGCCUACCAAGCCAGACAGAAACUCAGCACUGGUUCACACAAGAUCGUCUCCAAGGUCAUUAAGAUCGCUUGGGCGCUGAAUAAGGGAGUGAAGCAGGAGUAUAAGCAGUUGUGGGACAUGGACCUGGGGGUCACCUACAUCCCCUGGGAGAAGGUCAAGCUGGACGACCUGGACGGCUUCGCUGAGGGAGGCAUGAUCGACCAGGAGACUGUCAACGCCGAGUGGGAAGCAGCCAAAAAUGCACCAGAGCCAGUGAAGGAAGCGGUGAGCCAGGCUGUUAGCACUGAACCCAUGGCAGCCACUAAUUCCCAACAGACCCAACAAAAGGCCUUCAUCCAACAAGUCUCCAUGAUGCCUGUGCAGCUCCCUGUGGCCCAGGCUGUCCCUGCUGGGGGUCUUGUGCCUCCAUCCUUCCCUGUUUCCAUGACAAUGCCCCCGCCAGGCUAUGGCCCCCCGCCCACCUUCCUCAGAGCAGGGUUCAACGCCUCCCAGCCUCCUCCAGGUUUCAUGCAGGCAGCAGGUGUUCCUCAGCAAGCAGGCAUGGGCUCAGCUCCUACAUCUCUGGUGCAGCCCUCCAUGUCGCAGGCUCAGGACAGCAUGAAGGACUCCCCGUACGGAGCCACUGUCCCAGGAAGCUUCAUGCCCUCUGCCAUCCCUGGACAAGGGGUCUUCAACCCGCUUCAACCUGGAGUCCAGACGCAGCAAGGAGCCAAUGACAAGACGGGCCAAUCUGCUGAUGGCAUGGACGCUGCUGCAGAGUUAGUACUGCAAGGUAUGCAAAAUGCAAUGGGUCGUCGUAUGGGUCUUCUGGGAAUGCACCCCUCAGCCUCCCUCACCCACCCCCUACAACAGCAGGGCCUGCCUGGCCAGAGGAUGCCUGGGCUAAUGCCGCUGGACCUCCGGCCUAGUAUGCUCCAGGGAGCCGGGGCCCGCUUCCCCCUCCUGAUGCAGCAGGGCCUGUCCCAACAGAGUAUCCUGGAUGCCUCCCUCCAUGCACAGGCCCGCGCCAGAGCGGCCUCCCAGAUGGACCACUUCAACAGGACGGAAGGGGCCUUCAACCGGGGUCCCAACCCCCCAAAUGAAAACAUGUCUAAGGCUGAAGACCAGCCUUCCUCUCGGGCAGACGAGAGCCAGCAGGGGAGGGACCAAGACUACCGCUUCCCCCCGCCCCAGGAGAAGCAGAGCACAGGCCUGCUGAGGACACCUCCCCUGGAGCACAGAGAGUCCAUGGGUGGAGGUGGACGUGGUGGGGGAGCUGGUGGUGGGGUUAUGGGUGGAGGAGGAGGCAGACCUGCCCUGCUGCAGACCCCAGUGAGGGAGCCAGCUAGAGACAGCGUGGUAGGGCGGCUUCAGGCCCUCGCCGGCUUCACCCCCCAGACCCAGAGUCGCUGGGGGCCACCUAGAGGGGACUUUGAUGAGCGUGACAUGCGGGGCUCACCAGCCGGGGUCUCCAAGGGCUUCCAGGAGGAGCGCCCUGGCUUCAACCAGGGGCAGAACUUUCCCAACCGCUUUCAGAACCAGAACCGCGCUGGGGCAGGAGGAGUAGGUGCUGGUGGUCCUGGUGGCGGGGGUGUUGGAGGGGGCCCGGCGUGGAGUCGUGGUGGAGCUGCAGCACCGUUCGCUGAUGCUGACAUGCCACAGGACUUGGAUGAGCGCCGGCGCGCUUGGGACAGGCAGCAACGGGAGAGGGACGACAGGGACUUUGACUUAAGGAAGGAGAUGAACGGCAACCGCCGUGAGAGAGAUAGCCGCGAGAAAGACCGGGAGAGGGAGAGAGAGAGGGACCGGGAGAGAGAGAGGGACCAUGGUCGUGAGCGUGACAACCGUGAACGAGAGCAGGAGCGUGACCGGGAGAGAGAGUGUGAAAAGGAGAGGGAGAAGGAUCGGGAGAGAGAGCGUGAAAAGGAGAGGGAGAAGGAUCGGGAGAGAGAACGUGAGCGGGACCGUAACAAGCGUGGAGCCUGGACACCUCUUCUCCCUCUACCACAACCCCUACUUCCUACUCCUGCCCUGACCCCAACCCUCUCCCUGACCCAAGGCAAAUCUCAGGCCCUGCUGCAACUACAGUCCAGGCUUCAACCUAAACCUGGAUUCCUAACUAAACCGGGUCUGCUUCAAACUCCAACCCUCCUAACUCGGUCAACAUUUCAAGCCCCAACCAAGUUCAUUCAAGCCCCAUCCCAUUCUCCAACUCAAGCCAAGAAUGAAGCCCUCCCCGGGCCUGAGCCCCAGACAGAGUCCCAGUCCUCUACCCAGACCCAUGCUUCCCCUAAGUCUGAGUCCUCAUCCCAGAACCAACCCUCUCCUCAGAACCAGUCAUCACCCCAAAACCUGGUUUCCUCUCAGGCCCAAUUGCCGUCCCCUCCCCAGGCCCAGUCCCCGCCAUGGGCACAGCCCCUGUCCCCACCACCGGCACAGUCGCCUCCCCAGGCCCUGUCCCCACCACCUGCACAGUCGCCCCCCCAGGCCCUGUCCCCACCACCUGCACAGUCGCCCCCCCAGGCCCUGUCCCCACCACCUGCACAGUCGCCCCCCCAGGCCCUGUCCCCACCACCGGCACAGUCGCCACCCCAGGCCCCGUCGCCACACCAGGAGAUCACUGACACCCAGGAAGAGCCAGAAAAACUCCAGGAAGAACCCAUGGAAGAGCCUGAACCAAUAGAGGAACCUCCAUCUCAGUUGGUCUAUGGGACGGGGUUGAGGAUGGACACUGACAUAGUGGCUAAGCCCACACCUGAACGGGCUCCCACCCCUACCCUCUCCCCCACUCCAGCCCCACUCUCAAUGUCACCGGUCCUCACACAUCGCUCUGAGGAACCCCAAUGCCUGCCAGAACCCCUGGACGUGCAGCAACCACCACAGCAUGCCUCCUCCUCCCCUAAGGACAAUGGACUGAGUGAGCCGAUGGAGGAAGCUGAGAAACAGCCAGUGGUAGAGCAAACUGACACUGAGGGGACAUAAUCAUCACUCAGUAGGUAAAGAUCAUUUUGUAAAGUUGUCUCUUCUCUGUACUCAUGUCAGCCACCCACGGGACCCUGGGUAGUAAUUUGCAUAAUAUUGUCUGAUGACCUAACAACCAAUUUUAUUUCUCACAUAACGGUGUACUUCAAUAGAUGGCUCGCUAGCUGAUUAAAUGGUAGGUGAUUAUGUUUUUCAAUAUUUUAUUUCUUUCUUUUUUUUAAGUUGUAAUGCCACCCCACGAUUUAAAGCUUGGUGAAUUUGAAUGAAAAUUGCUUGCCAAAAUGUUUGAAUUGUAAAUGAGAAAGAGCUUUGACCUUCCUAUGGAAGAGUGUACGGAUCCUGGCUGUUUCCACUGAAUUGAAUCCAGAUGAGGGAAUACUUGAAAACUGCAGUCACUGGCCUGUUUUUUUCUCUUCUUUUAAAAUAUGCUGCAGCAAAGUUUUAAAUGAAUGCCUUUGUGGUGUCCUAUAUAUAUGCUUCUGGUCUAUAAGCAGAAUAUAGCCUACAUACAGUAAGAACCGUACAGUUGCUUCUAAAAAGGAACAUCCUAAAAGAUUAAAAACAUGACCUGUGUUAUCCCCAAAAGAAAUGUCUGUGAUUUGUUCAUCAUAAUGCAGUGAUUCAGAGGACAAAGUAAGCCAGAGAGAUAAAAAAAAAUAUAUAUAUAUAAAUAUAUAUAUAUAUGUUUUUUUUUUUUAAAGGAUGGUGGAUGUUGGGUGCAUUCUGUUUUAGUUUGAAAUAAACAUGCUUUGUUUGUUAACAAAUGCUUUAGGACUGUAUUUUCUGACCCAGGACCAGUGGAAUAAUGUUUUACACACAGACUAUAUGCUUUUUGUGGUGGUGUCACAUACAAACAGCUGUGUCACUCAGUAGUUAGACCAUUGACUUGAUGUUGUCGUACCCCAUUAAGUCAGGCAGGAUGUAAAAGUGCCUGUACUUUGACAUCAAUCUAUUCUAUCUAAACCGCUCUUAAAUGUGUUGUUUGCGACCAUGGGAUUAAUUUGUUAUGUUAGCUUCUGCGCACUCUGUACUUCCCUAUACUUCUGUUUGGUCAGUGACUUUGGGAUCGGAUUGUGCCUUCUUGAUUUGAUUAUUGUUCAGCAUAAUGUCACCAAAUACACCACACUAUGCUCAAUGUGCUGCUUUGGUUUCCCUGAGGCUGUACAACCCCUCAGAGACAGCAGUCUGUCCAGCAAGCUGACAACACAGACAAUGAUCUCCUUUGUCUGUGUGAUCAUAGCUGAGCAGCCUAUACACCAUUUAGCCUAUGUAUACGGGGAACCAACCAGUCUGUUUACUCCAUCGUUGUGUGCAUGCCGGCCUGUAGCCAUUUAUUCUCCUUUGUCUUGUUCACUUCAUACUUCUUCAGUGCAUUUCUGUUGAGACACUAUACUACCAGGACAGGUUCAAUAGUCUGAAGUUCUCUCAGAGAAGCAAAUGUUAUAAGAGUUGUGAAGUUGAAUAAAGUUGAAGGUAAAUCAG